AUGGAUAAUGUCUGCCACACACUUUGGUGCUCUGUCGGGGUCACUUGUCACUCCAAGCUGGAUGCAGCCAUGGAUGGCACCUGGUGUGGGGAGAACAAGUGGUGUCUCAGUGGGGAGUGGGUACCCGUGGGCUUCUGGCCUGAGGCCGUGGACGGUGGCUGGUCCAGCUGAAGUGCUUGGUCCAUCUGCUUGUGGAGCUGUGGUGUGGCCAUGCAGAGUGCUGAGUGGCAGUGCAUGCAGCCUGCGCCCAAAUACAAGGGCAAGUACUUCGUGCAUGAGUGGAAGCGUUUCUGCCUCUGCAACCUACAAGCCUGCCCCUCUGGCCGCCCCUCCUUCCGCCAUGUCCAGUGCAGCCACUUUGACGCUAUGCUCUACAAGGGCCACUGGGUGCCUGUGGUCAGUGAUGUGAACCCCUGUGAGCUGCACUGCUGGCCCUCAAAUGAGUAUUUUGCCGAGAAGCUGCGGGACGCCAUGGUUGAUGGCACCCCCUGCUACCAGGACAGGGUCAGCUGGGACCUCUGCAUCAAUGGCAUCACCAAGAAUGUGGGCUGUGACUUCGAGAUUGACUCCGGUGUCAUGGAGGACCGCUGUGGCGUGUGCCACGGCAAUGGCUCCACCUGCCACACCAUCAGCAAGACCUUCGAGGAGGCCAAAGGCCUGGGGUAUGUGGACGUGAGGCUGAUCCCAGCUGGCACACGUGAGAUCUCCAUCCAGGAGGCUGUUAACUUCCUGGCACUCAGUGAGGACCCAAAGAAGUACUUCCUCAAUGGACACUGGACCAUCCAGUGGGAUGGGGACUACCAGGUGGCUGGGGCCACCUUCACAUACGCACACAGGGGCAACUGGGAGAACCUCAUGUCCCCGGGUCCCACCAACGAGCUUGUCUAGAUUCAGCUGCUGUUCCAGGAGAGCAACCCCGGGGUACGCUAUGAAUACACUGUCCACAGGGAGGCAGAUGGCCAUGGCGAGGUCCUGCCGCCUGAGUUCUCCUGGCACUAUGGACCCUGGACCAAGUGCACGGUCACCUGCGGCACAGGUGUGCAGAGGCAGAGUGUAUACUGCUUGGAGCGGCAGGCAGGGCCUGUAGACCAGGGGCACUGUGACCCCCUGGGCCAGCCCGAUGACCACCAGAGGAAGUGCAGUGAGCAGCCCUGCCCUGCCAGGCGGUGGGCAGGUGAGUGGCAGCUGUGCUCCAGCUCCUGCGGGCCUGGGGGCCUCUCAUGCCGGGCCGUGCUCUGCAUCUACAGCGUGGGGCUGGAUGAGCAGAGUGCCCUGGAGCUGCCCACCUGUGAACACCUUCCCCGGCCCCUGGCUGAAACCCCCUGCAACCGCCACGUGCCCUGUCUGGCCACCUGGGCUGUGGGGAACUGGUCUCAAUGCUCAGUGACAUGUGGGAAGGGCACUCAGCACCGAAGUGUCCUCUGCACCAAUGACACUGGUGUACCCUGUGAUGAGGCCCAGCAGCCAGCCCGCCAAGUCACCUGCCCUCUGCCACCCUGUCCGUGGCCCCUGGACAUACUGGUCCCUGAAGGCUCAGGCAGUGGCUCCUCCAGCCACGAGCUCUUCAACGAGGCUGACUUCAUCCCAUGCCGCCUGGCCCCACACCCUUCACUCACCUCAGCACCCAGGCCAGCCAGCAUGGGCAAUGACAUCGACGAGGAGGCCCUGGAGCUGGACCCGCCUGGGCCCGUGUUUGCGGACGACUUCUAUUAUGCCUGCAAUUUCAUCAAUUUCCACGAGGACCUGUCCUACAGGCCCUUUGAGGAGCCCGAUCUAGACCUGGUGGGGCCAGGGGUUGGGACGCCCACACCACGCCACCGUCCUCCUGCGCCCUCCACGGGUAACCCCGUGUCUGCCACAGAGCCUCCUGCAGCCACGGAGGAGGGGGCACUGGGACCUUGGUCCCCUAGCCCUUGGCCCAGCCAGGCCGGCUGCUCCCCACCCCCACCCUCAGAGCUGACCCUUGGGAACCCUUUGGUCAAUUUCCUGCCUGAGGAAGACACCCCCAUAGGGACCCCAGACCUUGGGCUCCCCAGCCUGCCCUGGCCCAGGGUUUCCCCUGAUGGCGUGCAGAUACCUGCCACCCCUGGGAGCCAAAAUGACUUGGUUCGCGAGGACAGCCAGCGCCAGCUGCCCCCUCUAUGGUGGGACAGGACCAAUGAGGUUUCCAAGGAUGAUGAACCUGGGGGCUGCGGAGCCCCCCACCUGCCCCUGAGACCCAGCCCCACCCUGCCUCCUUUGUCCUCUGUUGGUAGCACGCACUCCUUUCCUGGUCCUGAUGUAGUGGAGCUGUGGACAGGAGGGACUAUAGCCUGGAAGCCAGCUCUGGAGGGUGGCCUGGGGCCUGGGGACAGUGAGCUGAUGCCCACUGUGGAGGUGGCUCCUCCCCUUCCUCUUCCCAUAACCCCUCCGCCAGAGACAGAAGGCAGGGACACCCUGCAGCUGGGGACUCCUAACUCCCCAACCCCAGGACCAGGCUCCUGGGACCAGCAGACUGUGGCAGUGCGGGGCAUCUUCCUCCCCAUGACCCUGACUGGCCUUGGGCACACACAUGAGCCUGAGCCUGCCCCGAGCCCAGGACCCAAGGGCCAGCCAGAGUCCCUCAGCCCUGAGGUGCCCCUGAGCUCUGGGCUGCUGUCCAUGCCCUCUUGGGACAGCCCUGCUAACAGCCACAGAGCCCCUGAGACCCAGCCCCCGGCCCCCAGCCUGGCUAAGUCAGGGUCCCCUGUGGACCCACUGGCUGCCAGGAAUGUCAGCUGGCAAGCUGGAAACUGGAGCAAGUGGUCCACCACCUGCAGCCUGGGUGCCAUCUGGAGGCUGGUGCGCUGUAGCUGUGGCCGGGAUGAGGAGUACACCCCUGCUGACCGGCCCCAGCCUGCCCGCCGCUGCCACCUGCGGCCCUGUGCCACCUGGCACUUGGGCAACUGGAGUAAGUGCUCCCGCAGCUGCGGUGGAGGCUCCUCAGUGUGGGAUGUGCAGUGUGUGGACACAUGGGACCUCUGGCUGCUGCGACCCUUCCACUGUCAGCCGGGGCCAGCCAAGCCCUGCCUCAGCUGCUACACCUCUUCCUGGAGGGAGUGCUCUGAGGCCUGUGGUGGUAGUGAACAGCAUCACCUGAUGACCUGCCCGGAGCCAGGCCUCUGCGAGGAGGCACUGAGACCCAACGCCAUGUGGCCCUGUAACACUCAACCCUGCACGCAGUGGGUGGUGGGGUUCUGGGACCAGAUGAGCUGGUGCUCAGCCCCCUGUGGCGGGGGCGUCCAGCGGCGCCUGGUCAAGUGUGUCAACACCCAGACAGGACUGCCUGAGGAAGAUGGUGACCAGUGUGGCCAUGAGGCCUGGCUUGAGAGCUCCCGGCCGUGUGGCACUGAAGACUGCGAGCCCAUCCAGGCACCCUGUUGUGAGUGGGACCGCCUGUCAUUUGGAUUCUGCGAGACACUGCGCCUGCUGGGCUGCUGCCAGCUUCCCACUGUCCACACCCAGUGCUGCCGCUAAUGCCCUCCACCCAGCCAUGGUGCUUCCUCCCGAGGCCAUCAGCUGGCUGCCCGCCGCUGA